AUGGAGCGGGACAAGCCGCCACCAGCUCUACGCUUUGCUCGUCAGUGGACAUUGCCUUCCAGUGCGGCGAGCGACGCGGGUUUCCCUACCCUUGACUAUCCCUCGCGACACACGGAGUCUCCCUCGCCAAUUAGCCGAUCUCAGGUGCCCCUGACGCCAUCCCCUGACAGGCCCGGGCGGCGACAACAGCGGGAUGGCUCUCUCGCGCCAGACUCGCCGUCUCCCUUACCACCCUCGGAGCUGUCAGCGCUCACUUCGGGAGGUGCCGGACACCACGCCGAUGCGUCACCGCAGCAGACGUCGUGCCCUGCGCCAGCGGCUUCGUCCGCAAGGAACGUUGCGGCGCAAUGCGUACAGCGGGUGAUGUCAGCCAGUGAUGCGGAUGGCAAGUCGUUCUGGCGGCGCCAAGCGCAGCGUCUCGAGGCGACGUGUACCGCACUGGAGGAGGAGCUGAGAACCGUCUACCGCUGCCUCGGCAAAGACGCCGAUGGUAUCCCUCGUGUGCUGGAGGCAAGUAGUCAUACCUCUUUGAUGGCGGUCGGAAGCGUCAACCCUACCUAUGAGAAGGUGGUGCAGGAGCGCGACGUGGCACGGCUGGAGCUGGCGCGAGAAAGGGAAAAGAAUUUCCUUCUACGUCACCGCCUGCGGGAGAUGGAUGCAGAGGUGCAUAGACUGCAAAGCCGGCAUGCCCGUGACGAAGGCAAGCAGCGCGUGGGCGAUGCAUCAAAGCGGACGUUUCCAUCUUCUAAUUCUGUCUCAAACGUGGGUGUGCUUUCGAGACACCGCCGCACUUCCAGUCGCUGCUGCUCGAGCUCUCGCUCUUCAGCACAGUUCACACGUGAUAUGUGGCGUUCGCCCACCUAUCGACGCUCUCGCAGCAUCACGCGACCGUACACUUCGUCGUCUGCGAGGCGGGAGGAGUCGCCACGACGAACGUCGGUGUCGGUUACCACAUCUUGUGUCCACUACAGCGACGACUCUAUGGUCACCCUGUCGUCGGCCGCCUCAAGGUCGCCUUUGGCACGUCGUGAAAGUGGCCGUCGUGCCGCCAACACGCCGGCGGCAGCUCCAGCAGCUUUCAGAAGACCCCACAGGGGUAGCACGCAGUCGCCCCUGAAACCGAGCCGACAUGCAGCGGACGCGUACGAAGCGGAGGCGCGCGACUUGCUCACAUGGCUGCUAAGUGCUCGCUCUUCCUCGUCCUCUCCGAGCCGGUGCCAGCCAUCCGCGUGGCGGAAAGGCGGUGCUGGGUCACGUGGACCAGAACCUGUGUGUCACUCUAACCUUGCGAGUCCAUCACGACGCGUGUUCCACACUGGUCUCUUCAGCGCCGCUGUUGCCGUCAGCGAAGGCGAAGAGGAAGGCGGUCGAUUGGCACGUGGAACGGCGCGAGGAGCGGCGAGGGCUUGCCCAGCGAUUCGUGACAGUCGACUGCUGUCGCCUAUUCCGCCGCAGCAAGAAAGGGACGCCGUUGAUGGUGAAAAAGCAAGGGACCACCCCACAGGCGCCGUUCGGUCAUUCAGUGCGAUGCCAUUGGGGAUGCGAGCGACGAGGAGCUCCACGGACCCGUCUGGCAACGCGCUCUUCAGCAAAGUGACUCCUACGGCGCACGCUGGCGAUGGGGAGUGGGUUGCGUGGCAGCCACACGUGUUGGCACCACGGCCACAGUCUGGUGGUGCGUAG